UGUAACCGAUCGUCGAAAAACUGAUUCCCAGGCUGAUCAAUCGAGCCUGAGCCGCAGUGACGUGAAAUGAUGGCGCACAGAAGGGCUCUGCAUUUUGUUUUUAAAGUAGGAGACAGGAGUAAGACAGCUGUCUUUUACAGGGAUGUCCUCGGUAUGAAGAUUUUACGCCAUGAGGAAUUUGAAGAGGGCUGCAAGGCAACGUGUAAUGGGCCUUAUGAUGGAAAAUGGAGUAAAACCAUGGUCGGCUUUGGUCCAGAGAAUGAUCACUUUGUAGCCGAGUUGACAUAUAACUAUGGAGUCGGAGAAUACAAACUUGGCAAUGACUUUUUGGGUUUCACCGUACAGUCGAAUCAAGCUGUCAGCAAUGCCAGGAAAAUAGGUUGGCCUCUUACUGAGGUUGGGGAAGCUCUGUAUUUGGCAGAAGCACCUGGUGGAUAUCGAUUCUACCUGCUCGACAAAGAUCAGCCAGAUCAUGAUCCGGUUCAGAAAAUCACCUUGGGCGUGUCUGACCUGCAGCGCUCUGUACAUUACUGGUCUUCACUGCUGGGGAUGAAAGUGAUGGAGAAAAGUGAGGCGAAGAAAAGCGUUCUAAUGGCAUUCACAGACAGUCAGUGUAAACUGGAGCUACAGGAUAUCGGGGCUGCUGUGGAUCAUGGAACAGCUUUUGGCAGGAUUGCGUUUUCUUGCCCACGAGAACAGUUACAUGGUAUUGAGGCUCUGAUGAAAAAGGAAAACCAGAAGAUCCUCACGCCCCUCGUCAGCCUGGACACUCCGGGGAAGGCAACUGUGGAAGUGGUCAUUCUGGCUGAUCCUGACGGACAUGAGAUCUGCUUUGUUGGAGAUGAAGCAUUCCGCCAGCUGUCCGCCUUUGACCCUGAUGGAAAUGAAUUGCUUGAUAAGGCCAUGGCUGCUGAUAAGAGCGACGAAUGGUUUGCAAAACACAAAAAGCAGAAGGCGUCCGCAUAAAGUCUUUCAAAAUCUGUGUAAAAGUGAAAGGAAGCUGAAAAUGACAAUUUAUUAUGACUUCAAUUUGAUUGCUGCAAUUUAUCUUGCUUUGUCGACACAAAGAUUUAUGCUUAUAUGUUUGUAUUGAUUUAUGCCUAAAGGUAUACUGAAUGAAUAAAAAAAAAAAUCUUACAUUUUCUAAAAAAUAA